UUCGUUUUGCAUUUUUGUUUAUUUUUAUUAUGUUAAGUACCGGCGUCGUUGCGGAUAAUCCGUGAAUUUUCAAUACGGAAAAAUCAAUCGAAAAGGUAUGAAUGACAGGCUGAGAUUCGUUGAAAAAAAAAACUCAUAACUAUUUACAAUAAGUAAGAACUCUAUUUGGAGUUUGAAUCGGACUGCUAUGGAAUGAAAUAACUGAUGAAAUAGCGGAUAUUUAUACAAUUUAAAUUUUCGUAUUCCAAAAUGGUGAAAUACUGUUGUGCUCCUGGAUGUCUGAAUUAUUGGGGACAGAAUAAAAACAUCACAUUUCACAGGUUUCCUCAUAAGCGGCCAGAUAUAUUGGAGAAAUGGAUACAAGCAACUAAAAUGAAAAAUUUCGAGGCGAAUCUCUUCGCUAUGAUUUGUAGUGAUCAUUUCACAGUUGAUUGUUACACAGAAAAUAAUCUGCAUAGGAGAAUUUUGAAGAAGGAAGCUAUUCCAACUAUAUUCAAGCAUUUCAGUGACAACGUUAAGACUGCAGAAGAAGCAAAACCGAAUGAGGCUGAGCCUAGUUCAUCUGAUACAAAUGAAAAAUCGGUAUCAGAACAAAUGGAAAAUCAUGCUAAUGAUCCAGUGGUUCAAUCCAACCAUAUAACCGAGAGUGCCGAGAAAAUGGAUUGCCUUGAAUCUGCCAGCGGUCAAAUUCAGGAUGGCUGGUUCAGAGAAAUCAACGAUAUGUGGCCAGGUCAGCAUCUUGCUCUCAAGGUUGAUAAAGUUUUGAGUUGCGAGAAAUCGGAAUAUCAAGAGAUUAUGGUUUUGCAAACGUCCAAUCACGGCAAAGCCUUGAUACUAGAUGGCAUCAUUCAAUGUACCGAAAAUGACGAAUUCGCAUAUCAGGAAAUGAUUUCCUUUCUACCCCUUUGUGCCCACCCUAACCCUGAAAGGGUGCUCAUUGUGGGCGGGGGUGAUGGGGGCGUGGCCAGAGAGGUUACCAAGCACCCAUUGGUCAAAGAGAUUGUUCAGGUAGAGAUCGAUCAGAAGGUGAUUGAUGUAUGUAAGAAGCACCUACCGUCUAUGUCCAAGGGAUUUGAUUCUGAAAAAUUAAAUCUCCAGGUUUGUGACGGCUUUGAGUAUAUGAGGACACAUAAAAAUGAAUUUGAUGUAAUCAUCACAGACUCCAGCGAUCCAAUAGGGCCAGCCACAGCCCUGUUUUCAGAGUCUUACUUUUUGCUUCUCAAAGAGGCUCUCAGACCAGGUGGGAUCAUUUGUUCGCAAGGUGGAACCAUUUGGGCCGGUAUUGAAAUGGUCAAAAGUACCUUUGAACAUUGUCGCAAGCAUUUCAAGGUCGUGAGAUAUCCGAUUGCAAGUGUUCCAACCUACCCCACAGGACAGAUCGGGUUUUUCUUGGCAGCUCUUGACGAAACGAAUGAUUUGAGCGUGCCGAAGCUCAAUUUCACACAGGAUGAAUUGGAUAAAUACGAAUUGAAGUAUUAUAAUUCUGAAAUUCACAGGUCCUGCUUCGUGCUGCCAAAUUUUGCCAAGAAAGUUUUAUACGGUUGACUUUCGAUAAAUUGUAUUCCUUCGUCUUCCCCUAUUUUUUAUAACUUUUAUAUAUAUAAUUACUUUAUAUUUUUUAUUUCUUGAUAUAUUUUUACUCGUAUAGUGAAUCAUAUUAUCGAGGGUAUCAGCGUACUUUAAAUGGUUAUUUUGAACCUUUUUGCUAAGUUUUAUUUGCAGCAGUAUUAAGAAUGUAGUGUUAGGUAUAUGAAACUCAAGUUGAUUCAAUUUAUGUAUUCUUAGUGGGGACCUUAUUCCAUUCUACGUGUUUAUUAGGCAUUUUAGGAAUGAUGAGUACAUGGGGGAUCUUCAAUCCCAAUGUAAAGUCCUCAUUUAGAUGUAUUUUGUUGAAUCUGUUGAUAGGCUUUUUUGUUACAAGAAAUAUAUGUCUUUAUUAUUA